UGUACUGAGCACUGGAGCGAGGACUGCAUGGGGCGCCGACAGCCCUUAUUUGCUCCUCUCCCCGCUGAACGCGCCUCAGACCCCAUCCACCUCUUCUUUCUCUUCCCGUCUUCCCUCCUCCAUAUCGCCGUCAACAGCUAGUAAACGAGACAGCAAGCAAGCAAUCCCGUAGCCAAACAACGAAUGUCUGACCAGGUUCCAGCCCACAUCGCCCAGCAGCAACGUCUUUACCAGGCCGCAAUGCAGAAGCAGAACGGGGGACAGCCCGCCUCCGCCGCCUCCACCGCCUCCACCGCCUAUGGCGGGUACCCUCAACAGCAGCAACAGCAACAGUAUUAUCAGGGACAGGGUCAGCAGCAGCAACAGCCUUACUACGGACAGCCUGGCCAGGCUGACCCGUAUGCUGGACAAGCAGGUGGUUAUGGCGGCUAUGGUACUCAGGCUGAUCCUCAAUACCAGCAACAGGCCUAUGGAGCAUACCCGGGACCGGGCCAACAGCAGCAGUAUCAGCCGCCGCCACAACAGCAGCAACAACAGCAAGCACCCAUUCCAGCAACUGUUUCUAUCCAGCCUCUUUCCUACACCCGCCCUGCUAGCGGCGCGGGAGCUCAGGGGCAGCAACAGCAAUACGGUCAGGGGCAGUAUGGUCAGGCUGCCUAUCCUGGCCAGGUUCCACCAGGACAGAACGCACCUGUCUCGCAAGUUCAGCCCAGACCCAACGCCACCAUUGGUGGUGAAUACCCUCUCCUUGUCGCCAUCGAUUUCGGAACAACGUUUUCGGGGGUUGCCUAUGCAUUCAAGAGCAACGGUGAGGUGCUGGAGAUGACCACUUGGCCUCACCAAGCCAACUUGUACGGAAAGGUGCCGACUGUCAGCGCAUACAACAAGGAUAACGACAAGUUGCAUUCCUGGGGAUAUGCUGCCAAGGCGGCGAUGCUGACACCCCAGAGUCGUAACAUCGAUCUGUUGCAAAAGUUCAAGCUGUUCCUUGACAACGACCUGGCGCCCUAUUUACCUCCUUUGCCCAGGACCAUUACGCCCCAGGCCGCGAUCAGCGACUAUCUUCGUGCGAUGCACACCCAUGCUAUUAACGAGAUCACAAAGAACAGUGCUGGAGGCGUUGUCUUUGAUCAGUCGCACAUUCAAUACUGUUUGACGGUCCCUGCCAUGUGGACGGAUGCUGCCAAGGGCGUCAUGCGUCAGACAGCCAUCCAGGCGGGCCUUAUCCAGCCCCAAGACCCGUCCCACCGCUUGCUUCUUGUUUCUGAACCUGAGGCUGCAGCCAUGUACUGCGAGAAGAAAUGCGAGCAGUUCAAUCUGCGUCAUGGUGAUCGCUUCAUGAUUUGUGAUGCUGGAGGUGGAACGGUCGAUUUGAUUGUGUUCCAGGUCGACUACAGCAGUGGAACACGGGCUCUCACGGAGGUGACACGCGGAUCCGGUGCAAGCUGCGGAUCCGGAUUCUUGGACGAGAACUUUUCGAUGCUCAUGCGCCAGAAGCUGCAGCGGUAUGACCUCCAGCCCAAGGCCUGGGCCCAGAUUAUGGAGGAAUUCGUGUAUAUGCACAAGCCCCAAUUUGAUGGAGACGAGGACUCAUUCAUCUCGAUGCCUGCGACUGUGGCGAAUGUGGUCGAUCUGGAUAUGAGGCUCGAAGACGGUUUGCUAGCGGUUUCGGCACAGGAGAUGCGUGAGCUCGUGUUUGACCCUGUGGUCAACCAGGUCCUAGGAUUGAUCGACGGACAGCUCUUCCAGGCACAACAGUGUUCUGCCAUCUUCUUGGUCGGAGGUUUUGGAUCGUCGCCGUAUCUCCACAAACGUGUGCAGCAGGAGUUCGAGAGCCGUGUGCCUCUGAUCCGUUACCCUCCUCGUCCAGAUCUGGCCGUUGUCCGUGGUGCGGUCUACCAUGGACUGACCCAUCAGCCGAUUCAGGCGCGUGUGGCCCGUCGCUGGUAUGGUGUCGACACUACGCGUCCGUACAAAGCAGGAGAUCCCGUCGACAAGAAGUACAUGCAGGACGGCAAGUACCGUGUUCGGGAUGGGUUCUCGGUCUUUGUACGCCCGGGCCAGUCAAUUGCCGUGGAUGAGUGUAUCAGCAAAAAGUACAUCACCCACAAAUACCCAGAGCCAUUGUCGUCGCCACUGUAUGUGUACAAUGGAGAGGAUCAGCCCGAGUUUGUCGAUUCGCCAGGCGUCCAAAAGUUGUGCGACUUUACGAUUCCGUUGCCACAUAUGAACGGUGCUGCGCCGGGCACACCCGUCAUCUUUACACUGAGGCUGUACUUUGGACGCACAGAGCUUAAGGCCGAGGCAGAGUUCCAGUCCGGAGAAAUCAUCUCGACCCUCUGCCAAUUCUAAAAAAAAAAAAAAGAAAAAAGAGAAAAAAAAAAGUAUUUUAUUUCAUUUCUUACAUCAUUUGAAUUUACAUGCAUCAGAAUGCGCUUUUGUGAAAAAAAA